AUUGGCUUCUGCUAUCAAAGCAUUUGUCGUAUUUCUAGUGAUAAAUAUUAGUUUUAUUUUUAUUAGUUUGUUUUAUUUUUAUAAAAAAAUAGUGUAAAAGUUGCAUUUAUUUUUAGCGUGUAAAUGAAAGUUAGUAACCAGUUUAAUACUUUAAAUGCAAGCAGAUGAAAUGAAAAUGUGCAAUGGCUCAGAGGAAUGUUGUAAUCAACUGGAAGCUGAAGCGAUACACUCCAACGAACAGCUGCUAGCCUUCGAAUUGCGAAGUAAAGACAUAAAAUGGCACAACUAUGUAACACCGUUAGCCGCACGCAGUUCGCCAAUUUAUUUACAAAGACAAUUCCAACUGAUGAGUAAUUAUCGCGAGCCAAUUGGAAAUCACAAUAGACGUGAAGUUCUAGUCUGUCACGAUAUGAUGGGAAACUAUCUGGAAGAUCGACACUAUCACUCGUCGAAGAAGUAUGACGACUAUCGUUUCUACCAUUGGUCCGGUAUCGACUACUUCUGUUACUUUAGUCACAAUUAUAUCACAAUACCGCCCUGUGGCUGGUUAAAUGCAGCGCACAAACACGGUGUACGAGUAUUGGGCACGUUUAUUACCGAAAGUGGGCACUCAAGUUUGUUAAGUGAUGUGCUGCAGUCAAAGGAUAUGGUGGAUAAGAUUGUCGAUGCCAUGGUGAAACUGUGCAAGCAUUAUUGCUUCGAAGGUUGGCUAAUUAAUGUAGAAUGCAAAGUCAAAUUAGAAAAUAUGGAAAACCUUUACUACCUCGUAGAACGUUUACGCUCAACUGUGGAAAGUGAAGUGGAACACGGUGUGGUGUUCUGGUAUGACAGCAUCAUUGAUACGGGCGAACUAAGAUGGCAAAAUGAAAUUAAUGCCAAAAAUGUGCGUUUUUUUCGUGGAGCGCAUGGCAUGCUAAUCAAUUACACUUGGAAUGACAAAAGUCUAGAGAUGACUACGGAAAUUUGCGAACGCUCACAGUCUCAAUGUCAGCGUGCCUUUUUUGGCAUCGAUGUCUUUGGUCGCGGCCAAAUUGCCAAAUUUCAGUGUAAACAAACUUUGGCACGCAUUGUGAGUCAGCGUUUUUCAACGGGUUUCUUUGCGCCCGCCUGGACGUAUGAAACACUGCAAAUGUUUGGUUACAAUAUAAAACAACCGUUGGGUGAUGACAGUGUAAAUGAUGCUUUCUUGCGACGCAAUGAAAAAUUCUGGUGUUCAUUAUGGGAACAUUUGGCUACGCAUCCCUACAAUGCAUUACCAUUUUAUAGCGAUUUUUGUUUAGGUUCCGGCAAAAACACAUAUGUAAAUGGACGUGCGAAGAGUAGUGUGAGCGGCACUGGUGGUGGUGAUGGUGAACAGUUCUUUAAUUUAUCACGCUGUUCGCUGCAACCUUCCGUACCGCUAUAUCUGCUUGCAGAACGUUACUAUAACGACGGUUUUAAUGGUGGUUCGUGUCUGCGAAUCUUACAAUACAAUAAUAGCUUCCGUGUAUUUGUUACCGACUUCAAGCUGCAAGGUGGUGGACUUGUCUUUGCCUACGCUUAUAAACUCCAACCGAAGGAUGGCGAAUUCGAUUGCAUUUUACGAUUUUGUACGCGAAAUAAUGCACGCGAUUGCUAUCUAUUCAUGGGUGAUUAUUACGAUACAACGAACUUGCAAAAGGGACGCUGUUACGUUUCACCAAUAAAGCCAAAAUACAAUCAUCUAUUGAACAGCAGUCAGUUAGAUACACCAAAAAUACCCAAAGAAAAUGCGCUGGCAGAAAAUGCGGCCAAUGGUUGGCGCGUGCGUUAUUAUGUGGUGGCAUUUGAUGGCGCCAUUCAAGUGAAGGAUAUCGGUGUGCUGUAUCGACGUAGUCAAGAAGCAACAGACACUGCCUAUUUAGGUGCGGUCUACCUAAAUGAGUACGAUGUGAACACGCUUGACUUCCCACAAGAUAGCAAUAUUGCAUUGAUACAAAUUUAUGGAGAGGAUUUGCUUAAUUAACUUGUGAAGGUAAGCAAGCUCCAACGGUAGUCAAGAGUCAGUCAAUUGUUGCCCUUUGGCUUUUGGUUAGUAUUUUUAUUUCCAAAUAUAUACGAUAUACACAUUUAUAAGAUUAUGUAAACAAAUUUUAUACUAUUUUUACACUUAAACUAUUAAAGCUUAAACGAAAAUUGA